AUGGAGCUUUCAUUACUGACUGGGACUGCACAAGCCCCCCGGCACAUCCCCACCGCACUCGCCUUCUCCGAGCCUUCAGGUGAUGGCGAUGCGAGAACAUACAGUGUACAACAAGCUAUUAGUCAGUCGAUUGGUCAAUGGACUCCAAAAUCCGGUCAUUAUCGAGCGCAUGCGGAGAAAGACAUGGUAUCAAAAGACCUUAUCAGUCUCAAAAUAGAUUUUUCGGGGCAGUGGGAUCCUUCCAUAUCGGGCGAACCACUGUUACCUCGCACACGUGACAAAAUCAUCGCUUUGGCGGUGGGAUCGUGUAAGCGCAGCAACAUAGGCACAAUAGUAUCAGCAUUCCCAACUGUUGAUGUUUUGGAAUGCCUAAUCAAUAUAGCCCUGACCCAACAAAAAGGUGAUCUCGACGGUUACAUUCAUGUUCCUACAUUUUCUAAAUCCGAGAGCCGCGUUGAAACCAUCGCAGCGAUGGUAAUCACUGGUACUUCUAGAUCAUCACACAAGGCGGUCCAAAAGUUUGGCCAUGGACUAGGGGAAAUACUCAGUUACUACUUGUACAAUCGUGUGUGUGAUCGUAGCUUAUAUAAUUAUUGA